GGUCCAUUCUGCAUUUUACGGGUUUUUCAUCGGAGAAAAAGAACAAAACACAGCCCAAGAUCUUGCGGCGAUGCCCUGUCAUGCCUCGUGAUGCUGUUGGGAGCUGCCUCCGCCUUCCUGGCGCUGGCAGUCCGCUGGGCCAAUGCCGGCGGUGUCGCGCUGCAGCCGCUACUGGAAGAGGAUCAAAUCCACUGGGAUGAGGAGACCCGGAGCUUCACGGUGACGCGCAUGGGCGCCACCUUCGGCUUCGUGGUGCAUGCCGGGUCUGGUGUGCCGGUGCGGGGGGGUGCGCCAAAAGUCGGGCAAGAGCACGUGGCGAUGCAGAUCUACACGGAUUGGAGCAAAAAGCUCUUUGAUCCCAAGCAAGCUCAUGCACGACAGUUGGCGAGGGAUCGUGGUUGUUGGCAAGGCAUGUACACGCCCGACCUGUGUUGCUCCAAUGGUGGAUGGUCUGCCUGUGAGAGCGAGGGCUAUACCUUAGCCGAUUGCUGCGGUGGCUGGUGGCAGUCCAAAGAUGCUGUGUUCCUCACGCCGGUGCGCGAGUGCCUUCAGGACUUCAUGUAUGUGCUGCUGCAGCCGGAAGAGCUUCAGCUCCGGAACCCUCAUCACUUGCACGGCUCCUUCUAUGCCCGGCUCAUUCAUCAGCUGGGCUUUACGAAGGACCUGGUGCUGGUGGAGGUGGGGGUGGAUGAGGGAGCCUUUGUGCAGGCCGUCCUCUUAGAGCUGAAGCUGCUGAAUUCGUCGGUGAAGAAGUACUAUGCCAUUGACCCCUGGAUUGGUCGCUUGGAGGAGUUCCGCCAGUCGGUCCAAGUGGCGAUCCAGUGGUCGCCCACGGUGCACAUCGUCCAAGAGACAGGUGACAUCGCGAGCCGCUUGCUGGAGGAUGAGAGCGUAGACUUUGUCUUCGUGGAUGCCUACCAUAGCACUCCCAUGGUGCUGCUGCAUCUGCGCCGCUACUGGCCGAAGCUGCGCCCAGGAGGCGUCAUUGCUGGGCACGACUUCGCGCCCGAGAAGCCCUGGCGCUUCCCGGGCCCUGUGGCCGCCGCGCUGCAGUUCGCGAAGGAGGUGAAGUUGGAGGGACGACUUUUGGGGCUGCAUGGCACCACCUUCGCCCUCCAGAAGCCCGACCGGGCAGCCUGAGCAGACUGGCCGGGCGGACUGAACCGGC